UGCUCAUGUACAAAUUCAACAUGGCUUCCGUGACGGCUGCGAUUUUGAGUUGUCUGCUCGUGAUAUGUUUUAUUCCAUCUUCCUUUGCCUUCAUCGAGGGACUUUACUGCGGCACAGAAAACUGCUAUGAAAUCCUUGGUGUUAAUAGAGAAUCCACAAAGGGCGAGAUUGGCAAAGCCUAUAGAUCCCUAGCCAGAAAGUACCAUCCUGAUAAAUACAAGGGAGAAGAUGGAACAGAGAAAUUCCAACAGAUCGCGACGGCGUAUGAAAUAUUACGGGACGAAGAUGAAAGACGAGAUUAUGAUUACAUGUUGGAUAAUCCAGAGGAAUACUAUAGUCAUUAUUACCGCUACUAUAGACGAAAGGUGGCUCCACAGGUUGACGUCAGAAUAGUCAUUGCUGUCACAAUAUCUGUUAUAUCUGCUAUUCAGUAUUUUAGUUGGUGGUCUCGCUACAAGUCUGCAAUCAAUUAUUUAGCAAUGUCUCCAAAAUACCGAAUAAGGGCGAUAGACCAGGCAAAAAAAGAGGGUCGUCUGGAUGCCAACAAAAAGAAAGGCAAACGCUCAAAGGAAGAGUUAAAGGAAGAGGAAGACAAAGUGGUCCGGACAAUCAUUGAAGAAAAUGCAGAUAUUAAAGGGGGAUACAGAAAGCCCAACAUAAUGGAUAUACUAUGGAUACAGCUUGUACUAUCACCGUACUACAUUGUCAUGUACAUCGCUUGGUUUGUUAGAUGGACCUGGAAAUUCAACAUCUUAAGGCAUGAGUAUGGGCUGGACGAGAAACAUCAUAUUAUCCGGAAAAAUCUAAGAUUGACGCAGAGUCAGUACGAGGGAAUGGAUGAAUUUGAAAAAGAGACUAUGUUAGACAGAUCGCUUUGGAUUUAUGAAAAUUUUAAGGAAUACAAGGCGGAAAAAGAGGAAGAGAUGAAAGCCAAGCUAGCAGAAAGCGGAAGACAUAAAAGCUAUCGGCGAUAUAUGAAGAAAAAUGGCGUUGGGCGUAUGUACUUUGACGAUUAGCCUGUUCCUUUAGUCAAACCAAAAGUACUCUCGACCCCAAGCACAAAGGUCAUUUUUUUAUAAAGCUGUUGUUUCCUCCAUGUUCACACCCCACACCCAAGUUGACAAAAGUUGGAAAGAUAAAGAUCUAAUUGGUCCAAUAGUGGCAAAGAAAAAAGAGGUUGCAAUCUUUUUUUAAAUGGAGUGGACAAACUUACCGAAAUACCAAAUAGCUUCAGAGCGCCAUGUUAAGUACAAAAAAAAGGUUUUUUUCAGAUCGAGAACUUGUAGCUCCCUCUAUUGGUGAAAUGUGGCCAGUCUCUUUCUGACAUUCAUUUGAACUUUUUCCCCUGGUACCAGUAUUCUAGUACAGGAAGGUCAUUACCUCAUAACUGGUACCACGCUACCGGCAUUGCACCUUAUUCGCCCUAACUCAGUAUUUCCAGUAUUUCCGAUAGAUUGACUGGACUAUCUUAAAAGAUUAACCAACUCGAGAUAAGACGAGUCCUAACUCUUUGUGAAAUCGACAGCUGGGCUACGAAGAGCAGGGCAACUUGUAUAUUAUUCCUCGAACCACCAGAAAAUGAGGAGACGGAGCAUUUUCAGUUGCAGGCUUCAGGAUGUGGAAUUCCAUCCAAACUCUAUCAAAAGGUCUAGCUCCGUCAUACACCAUGUUCAAAAGGUCACUGAAAACUUACUUUUUAAAUCAAUAACUCUCCCUGGCUUGGCCUGCACAAUCUUGUUAUAGAGAGACCGGUUUUUGCUGGACUUUCUUUGCCUCAAUGUUGCGGGCUUGGCCUGGUCCUGGUUUCCCUCUGGGUUUUUCAUUUCAUUCCCAUUGUUGUUGUUUUUUCCUGUCAUUAUCUGAGCAUUUUCUUACCUCAGAAAAAGGCGCUAUAUAAAUGGUGUUGUUAUUAUCCGAAAGCUUACUUGUUAUAAAGAUUUAAGUUUCCUGAGGAAUUAUUUUGGUGGAGUAGAUUUGAUACUUUGUUGAUUGUGUGUAUAUUUUGUAGUACAGGGUUACAAGUGCAAUUAAGCAUGGUCCCGUCUUGUUGAUAUCUUUAACUGCAGUUUAGGGUGACCGUGUAAAAACAUGAUUCUUUUGGAAUGGAAUCGCAUUGGCAUUUUCACACAUGCGUACUAAGCGUAAAACAAGCGCCAUACAAGCGCUUGAAAUUUUUCAGCAAGCGCGCACACGAAGCAGUCGCUUUGGGGGCCAAUCAGCGUUGUGUCUCUGUACAUUCAUACAUUGGGUAUAAGCAGGCCCGAUACGUCUACUGAGGACACAAAGUCGAUUGCCUCCAUGCCCCCUGGUCAUUGCCCAUGCCAUUAGCAAGGCUGGCUAAGUCUGCACAUGUGCAUGGGCAUCAAGGCUUUUUCUCCUUGGGAAAAGAACACCCUAUGAGGAAGUUGUAAUUUUCUACUGGAGCAUUUCAAGGGCACCAAGGCAAUGCCCAGGAGGCACUGAGACAAUCGCCUUGUCGUCUCUGAGAAGUAAUCAAUGUACUUAUGGGUGGCAGGUGAUAUCUUAUACAUGUAGUUCUUCAUUUUUCAAUAGUUCUUCAUUUUAAUAGUUGUUCAUUUUUAAUCUAGUAAAAUUUUACACAAAAAUCGCAAGAUGUUUUCCAAUAAUCUUCCAUGAUUUUAUUUAUUGUUUGGUCAAGUACAUGGGUUUGGGAGUAUCAAUAUUUAAAUGAUGUCUGGUAAAUGCAGUGCUAUGUCACUUAGUUAAAGCCGUGUGCGUAUCGGACUUAAAAUGGGUACCGUAACUUACCGAUGCAAAUUGUUAACUUACCGAUAUAAAGUCCAAGGGCGAACAGUCGAUAACUUAUCGGGGUGGUAAGUUACCGCCAGUGCGCUGAUUUGAGCCGUGGUUACAUAACAAUGUUAAAUGCAGUGGACACUAUGGGUAAUGUAUCUCAUCAUGUGCAUAAAAAAACAAACCUGUGAAAAUUUGAACUCAAUUGGUCGUCGGAGUUGCGAGAUAAUAAUGAAAGAAAAAAACACCCUUGUCACACAAAGUACAAGUUAUCAUAUCUGUAUCUAUAGCCCUGUUCGCAUUGGACUUUAUAUAGGAAAAACCAACCGAGUCGAUGGGUAACUUACCCAUUUUAAGUCCAAUGCGAACAGCCAAGGAAAUUUUCCUCCCAGGUACAGGUUACUCACCCGACCCAAAUGGGUAGUUUAACCGUGCCAAAGGUGCCCAGGAAGAUUGACCAGGUCAGUUUAAUUGAGCCAGAGAGUCCAAUGCGGACGCGACGACUUGGUUAAAUCUCCCAUCUGUCCGUGACCCGAAGAAGCUGACAUGUUUUGUCAUGGAAGAAUAAGAAUUCCGUGAUUAUCAAACUUUUCAAUGUUACGCAGGGGGCCAGCUCGGUUAGUUUACCCACAGUCUCAGUACCAGAGUCUAAUAAAUCCAAGUGCGGACGGUGGGAAAGUUAGCCCGUUGGAAUGUAACCAAGUUGAUGGAUAAGUUACCCAAAAUAUUAAUCCAGUGCGAACACGGCUUAUGAUCAUUAUUCGCACGCUUGCCAAACCUCUCUAUUGAAAUUGACCAUUAACUUGUACCAGACAUCAUUGAAAUGAAACUCGCAAAACUGAUUUCUUGUUUACUGUUGUUUUAUUCAGUGUUAUAUUUUAAGUUCACUAUUAAAACUUGCCUUGGAAGUGUUUCUGAAUGAAUUGUUAAUUUGCAAAAUGUUAUGCAUAAUUAAAACAAUAUUUACUUACA